UGUCGCAGCAGUACACGGUAGUCGGAAAGCCGCUUAAGCAAACGUGUUAAUCAGUAUUAAAUAUAAAUUGUAUUACAAACAAUGUGGAAAGUUAAAUUCUUCUUAAUAAUAUUGCUUUGCUUUGUGAACUGCAUACGAGCUGAUGAUGAUGGAGAAAUAUGCGAUCACGACCAGGGCUUUAACUGUACUGAUGGUUCCACUAUCGACUGUUUGGAUGUAUGCAAUGGCAUAAAGGAUUGUAAAGAUGGUUCUGACGAAUUCUUGUGGAAUGAUAUCACAGAAAGUCCCUGUCGAAACCAGGAGUGCCCUAAUGAUCAUGUGAAGUGUAAUUAUGGCGCUUGCAUUCCAAUAGAGUACCACUGCGAUAACUAUUUCAAUUGUGCUGACAAAUCGGAUGAGUGGAAAUAUUAUUGCAACAAACAUAAAGAAAAUCCUGAAGAAUUCAAAUCGUGUGAGUCUGGCGAUUUUAUUCCAAAAAAUGAAUUUUGUAACGGAAAAAUCGAUUGUCCUAGAGAUGGCAGUGACGAAUGGCCAAAUUUGUGCAAAUUAUUACCUUGUCCGUCCAAUACGCAUUUCCGUUGCAAAUCUGGUGGAUGCAUUCCUCUAACUAAAAAAUGUAAUAACAUUAAAGAUUGUCAUGAUAAUUCGGAUGAGAAAACGUGUGGAAAUGUAAUAAAAAAUCCAGUCUCUACAACACCAAAUCAGGGCUGUCUAGUUAGACGAGAUCGAAAUUACUAUAUAAAAAAUGAGCUCGAGAAUUAUAACAUUAUUCCCGGGGGCCGAGUUCCCGUCAACACACGCAUUAUUAUUAAAUGUAGCAAUAACUUCUUCUUCCCUGAAAACAAUACCGAACAGAGAAGAAUAUGUGAAAGAAAUGGUAGGUGGGAUUCCCCACUACCGCAGUGUAUAAAAUAUUGCGAUGCAAGAAUACUAAACAACAGCAAAUCUACAACAGCCCAAUGCUCGCUUCGUGGAUCGAAGGUUGAUUGUAACAAAAUAGUACCUCGUACGGUUGCGAAAGUGUCGUGUGCUGAUGGUUAUAAAAUGCCGGAAGAACUAGGAGAUUCUGCUUCUUAUGAGAUGACUUGCGAACGUGAUGGAAAAUGGAGUAAAAGGAAAGACAAUUGUGAACCGAUUUGCGGUCGUUAUGCAUCGGAUAACGCAUCAGUAGCUCCAUGGCACGUCGGUGUCAAAACAUAUUUGAACCAGAGGUGCGGAGGUACUAUUGUCUCUCCAAGUAUUGUGAUAACUGCUCUACAUUGCGUCCAAUUUGAAGAUGAUACAGCUCUUAGCGUCGACAAAGUUGUAGUGAUAAUCGAUGGAAAUUCAGUUAAUGUGUCGGAUAUCUUCGGAGGAGGAGACAUCGAUGUUGCCCUACUAAAACUAAGCGAAAUACUUACUUUGAGUAAGAGCAUAAGACCGAUAUGUAUAACUGAGAGCGUAUAUAUUGCAAGCUCCACAAAAGCAUUUCUUCAUGGUUGGCCGAAAGAUACAAAGAAAAUCACAGAAGUAUUUCAUAAAACCGAACUGGAUGUAUUGCCUCGUCGUAACUGUAGCGCCAAAUUGAAUGGAAGGUAUAUUUGUGUGCGCCCUGCAUAUAAACUUCACAGAAAUGAAACCCUGUGCGAAGGAGAUAGUGGAAGCGGGAUCACUGCCGAAAGCGACGGCGUGAACUAUAUAAUUGGCAUACUUAGUUUUAAGCCCGCCCGCAAUGAUGACUGCACAAACGAGCCUAUUGUUGCCGUCAGGUUUAACCAAAUACCAGAAUUACAGAAAACUAUGAUAAGCUCGGACAAAGAACCUUUGUAUGAAAUGGAAAAUAUGUAGAAAUCUAAUGGCAAAGUAAAGAUUUCAAAGGUUUCGACAUUGAAAGAAAUAAAUACAUACAUAUGCACA